CUUACACUAGACGAUAAGAGAGAAGUAUAUUUAUUAUUGAUCAAAGAAUUAUUAAUUCGAAACGGAUGUUUAGUCGACCAAAUACGAGGAUACGAUUUAAUAGGAAGAUUCAAAAAACUUCAUUUUAUUGUUCGAUGUUUGUUCAACCAACCCUGUUAUUUGGUAUUCAAUAAUGAAGUCAAGGAAUUUGCUGAUUGUAUAGAGAAAGAGCCAAAAGAAGUGAUCGGAUUUUUAGUAUCCAAUACUUUUUUUUCAGAUGAAGUUUUAAGAACCUUCGGAAAAAAUGGGAGAAUUUUAUUUUGUCAUGAAAAUGACAUUAUCGAUAAUAUUGUCCACGUCGAAGAAAACAAUGAAAAUCAAUUGAACAUUUUAUUGGGAGCUUUUGAAAACAUUAUAAAUAUUCAAAAAGGAUUACUUAAACAGCUCAAAGAAAUGUCAUCAGGAUCAAUAGAAUCUGUAAGAUUACACGACGUUCAAAAUUCCGAUAUG